AUUCCGGUAAAGGGGGAGGGGGAAAGCCUGUUUGUUAAACUUCUAAAAUGGGAGUGGACUUCAUAUAAAAAAUCCUUUGAAGGUAGUGGUGAACAGCAGAAUAAAGUUGUUGGUUGAACACAGCAGAGGAGUUAUUGAGAGCAUUUGUAUAAGAGUAAAAAGAAAAACAAAAUCACAGGCAACAGACAAAGAAGCUUGGAGCAAAACACAGAAUCAUUCAUUUAAGAGAUCCAGGGAUCGCGUGUUGGGACUAAAUCACACACAAAUAAUGAAUCGGAUUGUGUUGCUCGUUGCCAUGCUGCUGUCUGCAGUUGCAGCAGAGUCGAUAAGAGAAACAGAGACUAUGGACCCAAGAGGUAUUUUUAACAGCUUUGAGGGGUCUGGCUCAUUGCCAGAUGAUGAGGAUUUUAAGGACCCCGAUGACUAUACUGAGGAAUUGGAUAGCGAAGAAUAUGAUUCUUCUGAAGACUUUUCUGGUUCUGGAGAUAUAGAUGACUUUGAUACGGAUACAACUUUGAAAACUCCAACUGUAACACUGGGCAACAGAAUUCCUGAAGAUGAUGGUGGAUCCCGUAUAAAGAAAUUAAAUGUUGAUGAUAACAAACUAAAUGGCAAUGACAUAAUCACUUUUGAAAAUGGCCUUAAAUAUGGAGACCUCAAUCCUUCAAAUGAAAUUCCAAUGCCCAUUACAGCUAAAGAUGGCCUCUUCCAAAGAGCAGAAGUUAUCGCUGUUGUCGUUGCUGGUGGACUUGUCGGCUUAAUUGUUGCAGUGCUCAUUAUUGUGUUCCUGUAUAUGCGUACAUGCAAUGCUAAUAAAAAUCCAAAUGACCCUGUCAAGAAACCUAUCUACACUAAAGCACCAGUAUGCGAAGCAUAAAAAACCCCACAAGGCUGAUGACCUCUACAGACUUUUUAAAUGCAUUUGAAAGCUGAGACAUUCUUGGUGUAUAUUACAAAUGCAUUACUAGCCCACAAUAUCAAAUGAUUUUUACAAAAUCUUAAAUGACUCACCUUUGACAAAAUAUGUAUAUAUAUAUUAAAAAAAAUAAGCUGUAAUACAUAGUUUAGAGAACUUUAAGCUACAGUGAUCACCACCUUUUUGGUUCUUUGAUUUUGAAAGUGGGGAAAAUGAUUCCAAACAUAAAUGACUGCAGAGACUUAUUUAAAUGAAGAGUUAAGUGGCUGUAAGGCCGGAAGCAACAUAACAAUAAAAGAUGUUCAUUUUUUUAUGUAAACACUAAUGAUUGUAAUUAGAUUAUUUAAUGAAAACCAUAUCACAAAGACUGUAUGUACUUCCUUUUUUUUCUCUAUUCAUCACCACCCUUUCAGUGGCAUAUAUUGUGUUUUUUAUGUAAUGGCUAAUCAUAUAAUUGUUUUCCAUGUUGUCCUGAAUAUGGUGAUGGAGGUGGUACGAUCUGUUUAUAUAUAGAAUGAUUGAUUGAUUUGUGACACCUGGCAAAUAUAUGGGAAAUAUAUUAAAAGUAAAAAAGUAAAGUGUU